AUGCAGCGAAACACUUUUAAUCCCACGAGUGCUACGAACUCCAGUUCAGAAGAUGGUGGUAAAGUGCCUAAAAGUUGUGCCAACCACCAUAAAGAGCUGAAGAGGAAGAAGAAGAUAGGCACGUUUCUGAGGGAGGUGGAGGCACUGGAAGUGGAACUGAAUUCGGAGCAUGCUCAGAAGGUGGCGGAACUGGAGCAGACCAUGUGCCAAAAACUGCGAGACCGACAGAAGGUCUAUGAAGAAGCCUUUAACCAAGACAUGGAGCAAUACCUGUCCACUGGACAGAUACAACAGAGAGAUCAAAUCUCCAGAUUGGAGGACAACAGUCAUGCAUUGCAGUCAGAGAUGGAACCAUCCAAACCUGAUGUGGGUGUUCUGGAUCACAUGACGGUGACCAACAUGUCAGACCAGGAGGCUUUGGAUGACUUCCUUAACUCCAGCGGCGAUGACAUUAGUACUGGAUCAUCACUGACCUCAGGUCCAGACCUCGAGUCCUGCUCCUCUGAGUCUACAAGAAGCCAAAUGAACCAAGCCCCUCCCACUAACAACAAACCAUCCAACCAGGAUGCAGUAUGGGGGUGAGAAGAGGAA